GCCGAGCCAAAUUCUCUCACCCCCACACUCUCUGUUAUGCUAUCUCACUCUUUCACCCUCUUGCGAUCUACCUCCUCACAGAUUCCCCGAGAUUUAGGCUUACGAUUUUUGCCGCAGCAAACUACACCUCCAAACCCUUUUCCCAGAGUCUUUCCCAGAUUUCCACCGCCGACCGCCUAGCCCCCUCUCCAUCUCUAGAUCUCACUGCAGAACCCUCUUCCUAGAUUCAAUCGCCACCGGUCACCAUCUCUAGUUCUUCGUUGCUGUCAAUCUCAGCGGGAUACACCAACUCCACCGCAUCUCGCUGAUUUUCCCCCUGAUGUUGAGAUUUUUGGGCUACAGCAGCGAAUGAGAAAGAAGACUACUCUUCCUCGAGCCCUUCUCCCCGACACUUCACAAGAAUCUAGUCUCCGUCGCCCUUUGCUCCACCUGGUGUUCAGCAAUGCAGAACAAUCCCAUUAAGCGCCUCUCUCACAAUUCAAAUCAUCGAACAACAGAAGGGGCUAUGGAAGCUUCGAGCAAUACUGAUGGCCAAGACUUGAUAACUCACUCUUUCAUUGAAUCAACAGCAAGCGGACGAGUGACAUGGAAAAGUAGAAGGGGAAUGAAACUUGUUGAUGGUUCCACUUCUUACUUAGAAGACUUCAAUAUAGAGAAGCAUUUAUUUUUAGUUUCUCUGUUUCUGCAUCUUUUGGCUGAGUUUUGCCAUGGAUUUACACUAAGGGAGUAGAAUUUGUAUGUACUAUUAACUGAAUUCUUUUUAUG